AACAUAAAUAGUUGUCAAAUGCUUAAACUUCUCAAUAAAACUAUAAACAAAAUACAAAAAUAUUACCAAACAGGUCCACAUAAAUAUCCCUCGAGUAUGGUACCCAUCACUUCUCCUCUGCGAUUCCGAAAAGUUGUGCUGUUCUGUUUUAAGGUAAUCAAAUAGUUGCAUACAUAUUCACCUUGAGCCAAUUGAGUUGAUUAGACAAAUUAAUUCUAUUAAAAGCCAUUAAUAUGAUACCUUUAGGUCUUAGUGAUCAUAGAACUCAACCUAUUCUUGUAUAUUUCCCAACAGCAAUUCGAGAGUGCACUCUCUAAGCCUAUUCUCUUCAAAUGCUUCUCAAACUUAAUUUGGCACACCUGACAAGAGAAAGAAUUCACAUUUAUUUCCAAACAAUAAUUACCUCAUUAUAAUCAGAUUAGGCGAAUGUGGUUAGUCAUUACUUUUAAUAGAUAGAUUAGAAUGAUUGUUAUUAACUAACAAUAACUAAUAUUAAACAUAGUCAUUGAUUAAGAUUUAUUUAGUACAUUAGGUAAAAUAUUUAUUGGACCAUUAUUUAACAUGAAAGAACUAAAAAUUUAGCAUAAUUAAGGGAGGGAGGAAGAAGGGAGCCUAGAAGUUUAAGGAAAAAAUAAAAGAAAUCCGAGCAUAGAGAUGAGCUGGACAAGUCAUCAAGGGAAAAUGGAAGCAUAUAGAAAGUAUAGUACAUGGUCUAAAAGAGAAAUUAGAGGAAAUUCAAUUGAGGGUAGUUUAGGAAAACAAAAUGAAAUUAGAUAAGAGUGUCUAUCUUAGCAUAGAGGAAAUUGGAUCUAUGACAAUGAAAGAAAAUGAACAAAAUAAAAAUAUGAAAGGGAAUGAGAAACGUAAACAAAUCUACUCUUAACUUUUAUUUACAAAAUGGUUAUCAAAACGGACUCUUAGAAAAUGGCACGACCAGCUAAAGUAGAUUGAAAGAUGAAAAUAUGCAAGAAAAUGGUUCCUCUAAUCAGCUUCUUUGGGACACACAGCAGUCGUAUGAUAACAGUGACAUCAACUAAUGGUAUCCUUCCAAAACAACUAAGAACUUUUCUCCUACCUUCUUUCAUUUUCAAAGAAGCUAACAAGAAAGUGAUAGGAGUACCUUUUUGGAGGAAAAGUUUAGGCACGAACAUAAAUGAUCAAUUCAUCUGCAGAGAGAGAGAAAAAAAGAAGCUAGAUGGAACUGAUUCAGAUCUUAAUAAUCAUAGCUAACUAGAAGAGUGAGGAGAAAGGUCAUUUAAGAAGAAAAUUGCAAAUAAAUUUCUAACUACCAAUCUCAAAACCACUACAAUUGAAAAAAGAUUUCUACAUUAAUUAAGUUUUUGAUUAGAAAGCUCUUUCUGUCCAACUUACUUGCAGAGAUGUGUGGUUGUUGAGCUAUCUCACCAUUCUUGGAAAUACUCCCAUUUAUUUUAGAGGACACCCCUCCUUGCUUUUAAUUCUUCUCUAUUCAUUAUAUCUAUCCUUGCUUGGCCUGCUGCCAAGUGCCAAACCCUCUCUGACUCUCUACCCCUCUAUUGUAAGUGUGCAAGUCAUUUACCUUCAUUAAUUUCUGCCUAUAUCCCUCUUCUUCUCUGGGUCGCCUUCUUCUUGCGGUUAUAUAAGCUGGGACAGAUUGUUCUUCAAGAACUCAACCAGAACUGUGAGACUUGAGAGGGAGCUGCACAAAGAUUGCAGAGAGAAGUUAGCAAAAGAUUAUAAUAUAUGGAGAGAAUUGAGAUGGAUACCGAGGGAUUAACGGCAGAAGUAGAGCUUAAGGACUCCUCCUCCAUCCUCAUCAGAAUCCGGCGAGGCUUGCCGGACUUUUUACAGUCAGUUAAGCUCAAAUAUGUCAGAUUAGGAUAUGGGUACUCAUCCAACUCUGCCACUACUCUUAUGUUGCUCGUUAUCUUGCCUCUUUUCAUUUCCAAGCUUUCCGGUUUCAAACUCUUCCGGGUGUCUGACUUACUGCCGGCCACAAGAUUUCAGUUCUAUGGGAUUGAUGCAACUACGGCCAUUUCCGGUUUACUGUCGAUAUUUCUCCUCGGCCUCUACUGGUCCAAGCGAUCCACACCGAUUUAUUUGGUGGAGUUUGCCUGUUACAAACCGGAGGAUGCGAGGAAGGUAACGGUGGACAGCUUCAUCGAGAUGAGCGCAGAGAGCGGUGCCUUUAAAGAGGAGGCCAUUCCGUUUAUGACGAAAGUAGCAAAGCGAGCCGGUCUUGGCGACGAAACCUACUUAUCCAGAGGAAUUGCUUCUCAGCCGCCGAAUUUGUGUCUUGACGAAUCUCGCUUCGAAGCGCAGACUGUAAUGUUCGGCGCACUCGAUGCUCUGUUCGAGAAAACCGGCUUGAACCCCAAUGAAAUAGGAAUCUUAAUCGUCAACUGUAGCUUAUUCAAUCCCAUACCAUCGCUAUCCGCCAUGAUAGUGAACCACUACAAGCUUCGAACCGACAUUAAGAGCUACAAUCUUAGUGGUAUGGGCUGCAGCGCGGGUCUGAUCUCCAUUGCGCUCGCUAAGGACCUUCUCAAUGCAAACCCUAACACGUACGCAGUCGUUCUGAGCACCGAAACUAUAACCCUAAAUUGGUACUUUGGCAACGAUCGUUCGAUGUUGGUCAGCAAUUGUCUGUUUCGGAUGGGAGGAGCCGCCGUGCUGUUGUCGAACAAGCCCGGCGAUCGAGUCCGGUCGAAGUACGAGUUGGUUCACACGAUUCGGACUCACAAAGGGGCCGACGAUAAGAGCUAUAAUUGCGUGUAUCAGAGAGAGGACGAUAAUGGAAAAAUCGGAGUCUCACUCGCGCGCGAAUUAAUGGCGGUCGCAAGUGAGACAUUGAAGACCAACAUUACGACUCUAGGUCCAUUGGUACUGCCAUUUUCAGAGCAAUUCGCGUUCUUCGUUUCUAUGGUGAAAAAGAAAGUGCUGAAAGCGAAUGUGAACCCCUACGUACCUGACUUUAAGCUCGCUUUCGAGCAUUUCUGCAUCCACGCUGGCGGAAGAGCGGUACUGGACGCGCUGCAGAAGAACCUGCAACUCAGUGAGUGCCACAUGGAACCGUCGAGGAUGACUCUGUACCGAUUCGGAAACACAUCGAGCAGCUCGCUGUGGUACGAAUUAGCUUAUACAGAAGCAAAGAAUCGAGUCUCGAAAGGCCACCGGAUCUGGCAGGUGGCGUUCGGAGCCGGUUUCAAGUGUAACAGCGCCGUUUGGAAGGCGCUGAGGAAUAUUCCGGCGACCGAGUGCGACCGAGUCAACCCGUGGCUCGACUCAAUUGACAGUUUUCCGGUCAAGGUUCCCAUUGAAUGAUCGUAGCCUCUAUGUGAUACACAGUAUCCAUAAAUGCUAAACCCACGUGGGAGAUUAUGAA